CGAGCGUCGCCCCGUCACGAUACGUGCGAUCGUCUGUCUAUCCAUCAUCGCGCUCGCUCGACUGGAUUGGACGCCAUAACAGCAGCCUGCCAGUCCAAUCGACUGCGGUACGAGCAGGCGCUCCCGUUCUGGUCGCAAGCUUCUUCCUCGCCUCCUCUGGGACGACGACGACGACGAGGCUGCGAGGAGGAGAAAGGGCUCGGGUGCGGAUUCUUGUGCGCCUUUUGAAGGAGAGGCAGGGAGGGAGGAUUGUACCCUUCUCGCUUUUCGUAGCCUGCGGUGAGGCGAUUGUAGGAGGACGAGGAGGAGGACAAGCGAGAGCAUUAGGAUUGUGAGCGGAGCGCCCGAAUGGGCGUGUGAGAAUUGUUAACAGACGAGGAAGGGAGCGGGGAUCUUGGCGGGACGGGGAUUGAUAGGAGGACGAGGAGUUGCGCGGAGAUUCCGGCUUGAGGAAGGAAGAAGCGCGGGGUUAAGGAAUGGCGACUAGUGUUGUGAAUUCCAUGGCAGCACUGCGGUGUCCGGACAUGGGCGUGGUGAAUUGCAAUGUCCAGGCCUCGGUUGCUGCUGCGAGUUCUGCCCCUUCGAGAUCCGUGGCUGCUGAGAAGCGCGUUUUCGGUAGUAAAUUUGUUGGACUUCGGAGUGUCAAGGAUGGGAAGCAGGCUAGUGUUGCCCAUGCGUCUGUACCUCAGCAGGGUCGUAAAGGGACCAUUGUGGCUUCCACUCUGGCUGACAAAGGGGAAUAUUUUUCCGAGAAGCCCCCAACCCCACUUUUGGAUACUGUCAACUACCCCAUCCACAUGAAGAAUUUGUCUGUAAAGGAGCUGAAACAACUUGCAGACGAGCUUCGUUCUGAGACUAUAUUCACAGUAUCCAAAACAGGUGGUCACCUUGGUUCGAGCCUCGGUGUCGUUGAGUUGACUGUCGCUCUUCAUCAUGUAUUCAAUGCCCCAGAAGACAAGAUUUUGUGGGACGUCGGACACCAGACUUACCCUCACAAGAUUCUCACAGGAAGGAGGGGUAAGAUGGGCAGUCUUCGACAGACAGAUGGGUUGUCGGGAUUUACCAGGAGAGCGGAGAGUGAAUAUGAUGCCUUUGGAGCUGGCCACAGUUCUACCAGUAUCUCUGCUGGUCUAGGUAUGGCGGUUGGACGAGACUUGAAAGGAAACAAGAAUCAAGUGAUCUCUGUGAUUGGAGACGGAGCUAUGACAGCGGGGCAGGCUUAUGAGGCUAUGAAUAAUGCGGGCUACCUGGACUCGAACAUGAUUGUCAUCCUUAACGACAACAAACAAGUUUCAUUGCCCACUGCCACUCUAGACGGACCUGCGCCUCCUGUCGGUGCUCUCAGCAGCGCUCUGAGUCGUCUUCAAUCCAGCAGACCUCUCCGAGAACUUCGAGAGGUGGCUAAGGGUGUUACGAAGCAAAUUGGAGGUCCUAUGCAUUCUCUGGCCUCGAAAGUUGAUGAAUAUGCCCGAGGUAUGAUCAGUGGAUCGGGAUCGACCUUGUUUGAGGAACUUGGACUUUACUACAUCGGUCCUGUUGAUGGACACAACCUUGAUGACCUUAUCACAAUUCUUCGUGAAGUGAAGGCUACUCACACCACCGGACCCGUGCUCAUCCACAUCGUCACUGAAAAGGGACGGGGUUAUCCGUAUGCUGAGAGAGCUGCCGAUAAAUACCAUGGUGUUGUAAAGUUUGACCCUGCCACCGGCAAACAGUUUAAGGGCAAGGCUCCUACUCAAGCUUACACAACCUACUAUGCUGAAGCGUUAAUUGCUGAAGCUGAGGCAGACAAGGAUGUCAUUGCUAUUCAUGCUGCCAUGGGUGGAGGUACAGGUUUGAACAUGUUUGGAAAGCGCUUCCCAGAGCGCUGCUUCGAUGUUGGUAUUGCAGAGCAACAUGCUGUCACGUUUGCAGCUGGGCUAGCUUGUGAAGGACUAAAACCCUUCUGCACUAUAUACUCUUCUUUCCUUCAACGUGCCUAUGACCAGGUCGUUCACGACGUCGAUUUACAAAAGCUUCCGGUCCGGUUCGCUAUGGACCGUGCUGGUUUGGUCGGCGCUGAUGGACCUACUCACUGUGGAGCAUUUGAUGUCACGUAUAUGGCAUGUCUUCCCAAUAUGGUCGUUAUGGCGCCUUGCGAUGAAGCGGAGCUCUUUCACAUGGUUGCUACUGCUGCUGCCAUUGAUGAUCGUCCCAGCUGUUUCCGCUACCCACGAGGAAAUGGACUUGGAGUUCCACUGCCUUUGAACAACAAGGGAAUUCCGAUGGAGGUUGGGAGAGGAAGAAUACUUGCUGAAGGUACGCAAGUAGCUCUUCUGGGUUAUGGAACUAUGGUGCAGAAUUGCCUUGCGGCUGGGAGGCUCUUGACUGAACUGGGUGUAUCCACCACAGUUGCGGAUGCCAGAUUCUGCAAGCCCCUUGACCGAGAUCUUAUUAGACGACUAGCAAGAGAACACUCAGUUCUCGUAACGGUUGAAGAAGGUUCGAUUGGAGGGUUCGGAUCGCACGUUGUGCAAUUUAUGGCCCUGGACGGUCUGCUCGAUGGAAAUCUGAAGUGGAGACCUCUUGUGCUUCCCGACCGCUACAUCGAACACGGAUCACCUGCCGAUCAAUAUGCAGAGGCUGGUUUGACUGCAGCCCAUAUCGCUGCCACAGCGCUCAAUGUGCUUGGCAAAACAAGGGAGGCGCUUCAGUUGAUGUCGUAAGCUCCGAUCCGAACGAUGGAUCUAUUUUUGCUUCUCCUUGAUGACAGCUGCAGUAUUGUUUCUGUGCGCAACCAACGGAGGGUGGCAGAGAAGUACUCGGGUGUACUCGAUAUCUGGCCGCCAUUGGCUUGAAUUGUAGAUUAUGAUAAUCAGAGGUUCGCUCCCUGUAGAAACUCGUGGGAUUAAUCUCACACCCCUAGGAGUAGCUGAAGAUGUGGAAGUGCUGUGUAUAGGUAUGCCAUUGAUGAACCAUCUGUAUCUUAGCGUCUCAGCUGACAGCCAAAGGCACCGUGGUGAUCAGGCUCUGGCUGGGACUCACACCAUUGCUGGACUGCCGUUAUGACUGUCAUUGUUGUUUGUCUCAAAUGGCACAAAGUGAAAAAUCUCGUUGAUUUCUUUCUCUAAGAACUCUAGCCGCGAAGUUCCAACUAGGAAACGCAAGUUUUGAAAGGCAGGUUGUUGUCUUGUCCUCUUGCAACACCCAACAUCAGGCUCAUAAACACACCACGCUGAUGUGUACAGCAUCAUUACUUUGGACAGAGAAC